AUGGCAUGCUUGGCAGCAGCCUCAUCUACUACUUCACUUGUCUUUUCUUCCUCCUUCUGCUCGUCUCGUCUCUUCAUCAGAACACUCGCUUUAAGGUCUGCUUCAUCACCACCGCGUCUUUUUUCUACCACCGCAGUACCUCUCCGCAGCCUCGUGGCUCGCGCCACUCUCGGCUUCACUCACCCCUCCAUCAAGGAAACCCCCAAGCUCUCUUUCACGGCGAAGGAUACUGACGCGGCGGAGUGGAAAGGGGACCUCUUAGCCGUUGCCGUGACGGAAAAGGACGUAGCUAGGGACGACGAGUCCAGAUUCCAGAAUCCAAUUUUGAGCGCGCUGGACUCCAAAUUGGGCGGGUUAUUAGCUGAAGCCUCGUUCGAAGAGGACUUCGCCGGAAAAGUUGGACAGUCAACGGUUCUCCGAAUUGCAGCUGGAAUUGGAUCCAAGAGAGUCGCCUUGCUUGGCCUCGGAGCUUCUGCUUCUGGUCCGGCCGCCUUUAAAGGCCUUGGUGAGGCUGUUGCUGCAGCUGCUAAGUCCGCUCAGGCUGUCCAUGUCGCUGUCGUUUUAGCUUCUUCUUCUCAAGGACUAUCUUCCCUUAACACUGCCUCUGCAAUCGCCACUGGGACCGUUCUGGGAACAUUUGAGGAUACCAGGUACAAGACGGAGUCGAAGAAAUCGUUCCUUAAAUCAGUUGACAUUAUUGGUCUCGGAACUGGGCCUGAAGUGGAGAAGAAACUUAAGUAUGCAGGAGACGUUUCUUCUGGAGUCCUUCUUGGAAGGGAGCUUGUAAAUUCUCCACCUAAUGUUCUCACACCAGGAGUAUUGGCAGAAGAAGCAUCUACGAUUGCUUCAACAUAUAGUGAUGUUUUUACUGCCAAAAUAUUGGAUGCUGAACAGUGUAAGGAACUGAAAAUGGGGUCCUAUCUGGCUGUUGCUGCAGCCUCCGCAAAUCCUCCUCAUUUUAUCCAUCUGCAUUAUAAACCUCCAACUGGACCUGUCAAUGUCAAGUUGGCGUUAGUUGGAAAAGGUUUGACUUUUGAUAGUGGUGGCUACAACAUAAAGACCGGAUCUGGCUGUAUGAUUGAGCUCAUGAAAUUUGAUAUGGGUGGAUCUGCUGCAGUUCUUGGAGCAGCAAAAGCUCUUGGACAAAUCAAACCUCUUGGAGUGGAGGUUCAUUUUAUAGUUGCAGCUUGUGAGAAUAUGAUUAGUGGAACAGGUAUGAGGCCUGGAGACGUUCUCACAGCUUCAAAUGGAAAAACUAUAGAGGUUAACAACACAGAUGCUGAGGGUAGGCUUACUCUAGCAGAUGCUCUGGUGUAUGCUUGUAACCAAGGUGUUGAUAAGAUAAUAGACUUGGCAACAUUAACUGGGGCAUGUAUAAUUGCUUUAGGACCCUCAAUUGCAGGUGCAUUUACAUCCAGCGAGGAGCUGGCUAAGGAAGUUUUUGAUGCUUCUGAAGUGAGUGGGGAGAAACUAUGGAGGUUGCCAAUAGAAGAAAGUUAUUGGGAAUCAAUGAAAUCUGGAGUUGCUGAUAUGGUGAACACUGGUGGUCGACAAGGUGGUGCUAUCACUGCCGCUCUUUUCUUAAAGCAGUUUGUUGACGAAAAGGUUCAAUGGAUGCAUAUUGAUUUAGCUGGUCCUGUGUGGAAUGAAAAGCAGCGUUGUGCAACAGGAUUUGGUGUAUCAACUUUAGUGGAAUGGGUAUUGAAGAAUGCAUCUUAA